UUUGGGUGAACGAGACAAACGGAGCGAUGCGCGUUUACCACUUGAAUCUAUUAGUGCUAAGUGCGGGCCUUUUGGUCCUGAUGGCGAAAUCGGGAACCACGGCCCCCCAGGCGGAUGUGGAUGUACAGCAACUGACUCUGGCGGAUGUAAAUCGGGCCGAGGAGCAGCAGGAGAUGCCGGCAGUUCGCCUGGCCAGGCAAUUUGGAGGCGGUCGAGGAGGAUUUGGCAGAGGCGGCGGUGGAUUCGGCCGGAGGGGAGGCGGAGGAUUCGGACGAAGGGGAGGCGGAGGAUUCGGCGGCGGUGGAUUCGGCGGCGGUGGGUUCCGGAGACCCGGUGGAUUCGGAAGAGGUGGCUUCGGGGGUUUCGGAGGAGGAUUCCCACCACCACCUCCACCGCCCUUCUUCGGCGGGCCCUUCUACGGCUAGGUGUUAUUAAUUUAAUGUGCAUACAUGUGAUACGAUCAGAGCAGGAUUAGCUCCUAAUAAAUCAACACGAGCUGCUGCUCUAAUUA